AUGGACGGAUUUGACGAAGAAGCAUUCAAUAAAUUCUUCCCUUCUAGUUUUGGAAAGCAGGAGAAGUCGGUUGAUGUUGACUCGCAGAUCAAUCGCUCCAAGCGCGCCGAGGUUUCGGCGCAACUCACGCUGGAAGGCAAUGAACCAAGCACAUCCACAAGCGCCCCUGGUGCGCAACAAGCAGGCAGUGAAGAUGAGAAAAGGGAUGAUGAUAAUCAUAGCGACGACAGUGGCGACGACUCAGACGAUGACGAGGAUGAGUUCCCCGUAUCGCAUGAGCUUGUUCUCAAGACCCACGAGCGUGCUGUUACAACUAUGACCGUGGACCCUUCAGGUGCACGACUAAUCACAGGUUCGACCGAUUGCACGUUGAAGCUCCAUGACUUUGCCUCAAUGACCCCGUCAACCAUUCGCGCCUUCAAGUCUGUCGACCCUUCCCUCAAGAAACAAUCAGCAGCGCAGGACACCCACGCCGUUCACUACGCCGCUUUCAAUCCACUUUCGCCAAGUUAUGUACUUGUCGUGACCGCGACAGCACAGCCCCGGAUCCUGGACCGCGAUGGCGAAACCCUGACAGAGUUUGUCAAAGGAGAUAUGUAUUUGCGCGAUCUACACCACACCAAAGGUCAUAUCUCCGAAGUGACAUGCGGUGCCUGGAGCCCCUCCGAUCUCAACCUAUGUGCAACUGCUGGAAGUGACAGCACCAUUCGAGUUUGGGAUGCGAAUGUGGGCCGCUCGCAGAGGGAGGUAAUUGUGCACAAGUCACGCGCCGCUGGCUCCGCUGGUCGAACCAAGAUGACUGCUAUCGCUUGGGGUACCCCAAAGCAGGGAGGGUCUGAUAUCCUUGUGGGGGCAGGUCUCGAUGGCAGUCUGGCCAUGUGGAGCGGAAACGGUCCCUACACACGACCCAGCGCAGAGAUUCGGGAUGCCCAUGUCAAGAAUACAUGGACAAGCGGACUAGAUGUCAGUUCCGAUGGAAGGCUUGUCAUCAGCCGUGGGGGUGAUGAUACAAUUAAACUGUGGGAUACCAGAAAGUUCAAGACACCGGUUACUACCAUUGAACACAAAUCGACAUCCUUCCGCUACCCAACAUCAAAUAUCAAGUUCUCUCCUUCGUCUGCAAAUGUGCUUGUGGGCUCAGAAACUGGUCAUCUACACAUCCUCAACCCGGCAACUCUCAGGCCAGAGCUGGUCACUCCUGUCACACCGGGAUCACCUCUGAUUACUGUAUUCUGGCAUGAGAAGCUCAAUCAGAUCCUGACGGGCUCUGCCAAUGCUGAAACGCAUGUCCUCUAUAACCCCACCACAUCCUUCAAGGGUGCCGCCACGGUCAUGUCCAAGGCACCCAAACGCCGCCACCUAGAUGAUAAUGUCACUCUGACUACGGACCUGACUCAAGGGUUGGCAGGAGACUCCGUUGUUGUUGGCUCCAAUGGUGUUCCACACUAUAGCUCGGCCACCUGGUCUGCCCGUCACCCCAAUGUUGGUCUGACAGCUUCCGGUCGCUCUCGAGACCCUCGUCGGCCGCACUUGCCUCUUCAAACGCCGUUCGCGCAGUCUACGCCAGAUGAAAGACACAUUCGUGAGAAUAUCCCGCUUAGUUCUAUGCGAGAUGAGGACCCGAGGGAGGCACUCUUGAAGUAUGCCGAAAAGGCCGAGAAGGACCCUAUCUUCACCAAGGCAUACAAGGAGACACAACCCGACGCCAUCUAUGCAGAUCUCAGUGACGACGAAGAAAAAGGACCCGAAAAAAAGAAGGCUAGGCGAUGA